AUGACGGUAACGGUCUGGAUGUUGGGAUUUGGGUUGCAAGUGAUUCGGAUAUUUCAGAGGCGAAAUGAAAAUAAUUGGGGGAUUGUUGCGAAUCGAUUAUUCUGUCAAGCGGAUCCAAAACCUAUCGAAUUUUACGGUUGGGUAAUUCUGGAAAUUAUCCUAUUGAUGAUUACGAGUCUAUUAGCAAACUCGCAUAAAUUACGGAAAUCGAGAGCAGGAACGAACAGUAAAUACUAUUCUUCACCUUCGGCUGUCGACAAACAUUCUUUUCAUUCCUCGACACAUCUUGUGGAAUACAACCACGAAUUAGAUUCGAUAGACUAUGCUAAAUUUAAUAAUGCUAAAAUCAAUAAGACUGACUUAAUUGGCAAACCGAAAGAAAUUUACUCAGUUAAGAAUAUAAUAAAGAAAGAUAAAAUCGCAUUUAAUAAUUAUAUUGAAAGUUUACUAGAAAAUAGAAGUAGAAACGAAAGCAGUAGAGACAAUACUUUAACAAAUAACAUGAUUUGUAAUCAGAAUCAAGACCAGCAUCAGCAUCCAAAUGAAAGUAUUCGCGAUAGUGUUUUCGGAUUUAUUUCUGCGUACGAAUAUUAA